CCUCCUCCUCACCCUCUUACUUCCCUCCACUGUCCACACACACAGACACUCUCUCUCUCUCUCUUUGUUAGCUUCAAUGGAAGUAAGCUUCUCGUCAAAAUCUCAAACCUUAACUUCAUUAACAUCUUUCUCUUUAUCAACAUCAUCAUCACCUUCUUCACCUCGUUUUUAUAACCUUCUUCGUAAAGAAUUUCUUGGUUGUAGUAAUCUUCGGGGAUUAAGACUUGAACAUAGAAAAAGAAAAUGGAAGAAAUUAGAGUAUCAAAUUCAAUCAACUGGCUUUACCUUAAGAGCUUCGUUAUAUUCACCACCUGUUAUUGUCAUUGUUGCUGUUGCUACUAUCUCAGCUCUUACCGUUGUCUACUUGAAUUAUACUAAUUAUCUUAGAAAAAAGAAAAUUUUGAGAAAGCUUUCAGGUCCCAAAGGUGGUAAUGCCGUACGCAACCAUAAGUUAUCCGAAAAAGGGGAAGAAGUUGUGAAUCAGAGUAUCAGGAGUGAGAUUCUUGAAAUCAAGGAAGCUAAAGUAGAGAUACACGUGGAGGAGGAAAGUAAAAAUAAGAGUGGGAAUGAGAAUGGAAGCAUUUACAAGGAAGGAUUGGUGGAAUAUCAGAAAGAAUUUGAGUCGAAUGGUUCUGUUGUUGUUGCUACUAGAGUCGAUAGUGUUGUAUCCACGAAAGAAAUUGAGUCAAAUUCUACUGCAGAACCCCCACUCCUCAAGGAAUUAAGCUUGGAGCCAUUAAAUUUUGUAGUGGAGAGGCAAGAAUUUCCAUCUCAAGUACAUGAAGGGGAAUUUGUGAUGGAACCGGAGGAGUUGUCUCAAGUAAUGGUUGAAUCAGUUUCUCAAGUAAUGGUUGAAUCAGUUUCUCAAGUAAUGGUUGAAUCAAUUUCUAGUGCAGAGACUACAAUAUCUGGAACGGAUGUAAACGGACACAUACAUAAAGAAGAGAAGUUAGAGAAUGAAGUGGAAGAAGCCAGUGAAUUUCAAGUUCCCAGCUAUACUGCAUUCCUUAGAGAAUCCGUUCGAGAAGGACUCCACACAUUUUAUGAGGAAAGCCAGUCUGAGAUGAAGUCAAUGCCGAGCUUGAAGGAAUUUAAGGCAAUAUUUCCGCGUAUCUCCAAAGCACAUAUCAAUAAUGCUUCAUCCCUGCUCGAGCCUACUACUACAUUAAGCAGAGAAGAAUUGUCAUUAAAUGAUUCUCAUGCGAAAACAGGAUUCCUACGAGGGGAGGUGCCUAUUUCGAGUACUAAAGGAAGAGGUCCUUCACGUAAAAGAAAGAAUUCUGGCAAGGACGGUGGAAAUUUGGGAGAUAUUGGAAACGGACUUGCAGCUCUUAAUGGUCAAAAGGAGGCAAGUUCUCCACUUAAUGGAGUACAAAUCAACGGUACGGGUACCUGUGAUUUAUCGGACUACUCAAGCGCCUACAACCGCUUGUUGAGAGGGGGAAGGUUAAGUAGCUGUAUAGAAUUGCUAGAAUCCAUGGAACAAAGGGGUUUACUUGAUAUGAACAAGGUUUAUCAUGCCAGGUUUUUCAGCUGCUGUAAAACUCAAAAGGCUGUCAAACAGGCAUUUCGCUUUACUAAUUUGAUACAGAACCCCACCCUGAGUACUUUCAAUAUGCUCAUGUCUGUUUGUGCAAGUGCACAAAAUUCAGAAGGAGCUUUUCAAGUUUUAAAACUUGUUAAAGAAGCUGGAAUGAAAGCUGAUUGCAAACUUUACACUACUUUAAUAUCCACUUGUGGUAAAAGCGGAAAAGUCGAUGCCAUGUUUGAAGUAUUCCACGAGAUGGUUAAUGCUGGAAUAGAACCAAAUGUUAAUACAUAUGGUGCACUAAUUGAUGGUUCUGCAAGAGCUGGUCAAGUGGCAAAGGCUUUUGGUGCUUACGGAAUUUUAAGAUCUAAGAAUGUAAAGCCAGACCGAGUUGUAUUCAAUGCGCUUAUCACCGCAUGUGGUCAAUCAGGAGCUGUUGAUCGUGCUUUUGAUGUCUUAGCAGAUAUGAAAGCUGAAGCAACACCUAUUGAUCCUGAUCAUGUCACGGUUGGUGCUCUGAUAAAGACAUGUGCACAAGCCGGUCAGUUUGAGCGAGCCCACGAAGUAUACAAGAUGAUCCAUAAGUAUAAAAUCAAGGGCACGCCAGAGGUGUAUACAAUUGCUGUUAAUAGUUGCAGCCAGAUAGGUGAUAUACACUUUGCUCUUACUGUGUAUGAUGACAUGAAGAAAAACGGAGUGAACCCUGAUGAGAUGUUCCUCAGUGCACUAGUAACUGUUGCAGGGCGUGCUGGGAAGAUAGACAUUGCGUUUCAAAUUUUACAUGAAGCUAGAAUUCAAGGAGCAAAGCUUGGAAAUAUGUCUUACAGUUCGCUGAUGGGGGCUUGUAGGAAUGCAAAAGAUUGGAAGAAGGCACUGGAGCUGUACGAGGAUAUGAAAGCCACUAAAGUGCGCCCAACAGUUUCAGCACUAAAUGCUCUGAUUACUGCACUAUGUGACGGUGAUCAGCUUGACAUGGCUGUGGAAGUUCUCGAUGAACUGAAGAAAGUUUGUGUGAGCCCAAAUAUUAUCACAUACUCCGUUCUUCUAGUAGCCAGUGAAAAGAAAGAUAAUCUGGAACUAGCUUCAAUGCUCUAUGCUCAAGCCAAAAGGGAUGGCGUUGUUCCUAACCCUGUUAUGUUCAGAUGCAUCAUUGGUUUGUGCUUACGGAGGUUUGAGAAGGCUUACUCACUUGGCGAGCAAAUUCUAUCCUUCAACUCAGGAAACCCACAAAUAGAAAACAAAUGGUCUUCAAUGGCCGUAAGCGUAUAUCGGGAUAGUAUUACAUCUGGCAGUGUUCCUCAUAUUGAAGUUCUUUCAGAAGUCUUGGGAUGCCUGCAGUUUCCUCAUGAAACUUCUCUAAGAGCAAGACUUGUUGAAAAUCUAGGAGUCAGCGCUGAUGCUUCAAAAUGCCCAAACUUGUAUUCCUUGAUAGAUGGAUUUGGAGAAUAUGAUCCUCGUUCCUUUUCUUUACUCGAGGAGGCUGCUUCCCUUGGUGUGCUACCAAUUAUGUCCUUCAAUCGAAAUCCUAUUGUAUUUGAUGCAAGAAAUUUGCAACUUCAUACUGCUGAGGUAUACCUUCUAACAAUUUUGAAGGGUCUCAAACAUCGGCAUGCUGCUGGUGCAAAGUUACCAAACGUGACCAUCUUACUUCCCGUGGAAAAGACACAAGCUGUGACACUCAAGGGAGAGAAAACAAUAGUCCUCGUAGGCAGGGUUGGUCAGGCACUUGGAGCCAUGUUGAGGAGACUGGGUUUACGGUAUCAAGGGAAUGAAUCAUUUGGAAAAAUUAGAAUUAAUGGGUUAUUCAUAAAACGAUGGUUUCAGCCUAAGCUUGAUUCACCAGCUUUUAGUGGAAAACCAGCAGAGUUUAGCUUCUCAGGUUUUAGUGGAAAACAAACAGAGUUUAGCUUGUCAUCCUCGCAGACGAGGUUGGGUAAAGGAAUCGUAGAUCAACAACGCAACAUAAGGAAUUGCAAUUUAUCUUCAGAAUAAGUUGGAAAAGAGGUACAUUUUUGGGAUAUAAUUUAUAAUCCUGUCUACCCUUUAACAACACGGCUUUGUUACACCACUGAUGUACUGAGAUAACUCACAAGAAUAAAUAAUGAAUGCGCUGUAUUUUUAAGAACUACUAGUAAAAUGGCACGCGCUAUGCGCCUGCCGCCGGAACCUAGCGCUGUCAACCUGCCACCCGUCUAACUUUAAAAGAACAUUCAUGUUCAUAAACACAUGUUAAUUUUGUAGCUUUAUAUUUUUUCCAAACACUCGAUGCUUAAUAGUUA